CAUCGUCAUCAUCACCCGCCAUCAUCGACACCCGUCGUCGUCGUUCGUCGGUCGUCGUCGUUGGAGCGGGAGCCCUUUUCUGGCAUUGCGGAAAAGGCAAGGUGCGGCGGUCGGUGGUGUUGUUGCGCUAUGAUUGGGACCGGCGGUGGUGAUGUGGGGAGGUCGGGGGAGCCAACAAAAGGGCCUCCUCUCGGUAACUUCGCGCAACGAUGACGUGUUUUGGAUGGUGGAAGCCGCCGCAUUCGAAAGCUCUAGUUCGUCGGGUGGUCGGUUCGGUAGGUCCGUUCACUUCGGAUGGUUGGUCGGUCGCUCAGUUGAUGCAGAACAGUUGGCGAACGAAGCACACGAAGCGCGCCGGUCCGGUGUGGUAGUCUCCCUGUUCCGUUUCGACCGUUUGAAAUCCGAGUUAAUCCGAGAACCGCCAAGCAAUAACCAAAAGUUGAUUUGUUGUUUCUUGUUUUUUCUUUUACUUUUCCGCAACCCCCCGGGGAAAGUUUCUGGUUUCUUACCCCUUCUCGUAUGUUUGGUAUAGUCUAGGAUACGGUAAGACAGCCAGUCAGCCAAAAAGGGACCAAUUUGGGCUGCUCGGUCAUCGUCUGUCGCCUCGAAGCCUACUGCAAUCGAACGGAAGGCGUCGCAUGACGUGUAGUGCGUGCAACUUGUAUGUGCAAAUCGGAUCCGAUGUGUUGAAAAGUUCUGUUCAAGUGUUUUCGUCAGUGUAAUCGUCAGUGCCGUAGAGGAGAGUGUGGGAUACUUCCUGUCGAAAUUGAUAGGAGUUCGUCGGUUUCCGGUGGUUUCGCGUGCGGGCCGCGCAGGAAAUUGAAUUACUGCUAGUGGUUUCCAGACCCUGCUCCGGAAUCGGGGUUCGGGGUUAACUUCGCUCAGUUUUGACGGUUUCAGAAAGUUCUCAAGCGGAGUUCACACUGUUUGCGAACAGAAGGGAAUGCCUUCGCACAAAGAAGAAGAACCGUGAUCUAAGCAUGCGGCAAUAGCGUACGAAGAAAUCAGUGCGAAAGUAGUUCGGGUGAAUCAUAUGGUUGCUUGGAUGCGGCUGAUGAUGACGAUGACGCUGAUAAGUCGUGGAUAACUGCGAUUACAUAAAGAAGUACGAGGAGAAGACUAACAACAUAAUACAUAAGUCACGCCAAGUGCAUGGAGACCAACAGAGCCGAGCUGGUCUGACUCCGCAAAAUUUUUGCGAACAAUAACAACAGAGAGUCUGAGAAAUUAAUACGCCAAUCGGAUUAGAAACCCCCUUCGCCAGCGUGCGUUGUCCAGCUCCAGCAGUCCCAGUCAGUCGGUGGGGGGUUCGAGUCGAGCUGAGGACCCACUGAGCCAAGAUGCCGGCGAAAGCGGAAAGAUGAAGCCGAGCCAUUGCCGUUUGCCAAGAUUGGAAUUGUGUUUGGCAAACUCGACGAAAGCCGCCAGGACGACGACUACGGCAAAGCCGGCCAACAUUCCAACUCCGACCGACGACGACGGCAGCAUGGCAGAAGAAACAAAGGAUUUAACGUCGAUGAUGGUGCCAACGUUCGUGCUGAAAUGACCUACCGCGGAUGGAAUGAGAGAAUGAGUGCUUGGUGCGGAUCCUUCCAGUUACUACUGCUAGUGUGAAAAAUGGUCUAACGUGCUUGCCGCGUUAAUGAAGUGGAUUUAUUCGAAAACGAGGAAAAAAUGUUUCUACGAAGAAACACCUAACGUGAGAAAAUAUAUCGGAAGUGAAUCGUUGCCUUCAUCCGUAUUAUAGUGAAUUGGGAAAUCACACUAAGUAUCGAAUGCGACUCUAGUUUAAGUCCCGUAGUGCAGAAAAUCCAAGUUUCAAUACAAUCAUUUCGCUACUCCCACUUACUCAGUCGAAUACAUCCUUCAAUAGCUGCAAAUAGAAAAUUACUAGCAAUAAUAGCCACAACGAAAAAAGCACUUAAGCUGCAUACCAAAAAAAAUAAAUUAAAAGAUAAAAGUUAGUAGCAGUCUCCUUCCUAGUGAAAUUUAUCUAGCCUCGUAUCGUUCUUCAAGAUUACUAGCCUUUCGAAAUAUUAUCAACGAUUAGAGUAGAGUGCGCCAGCGAAAGUGAGCGUGAUAACUAGUGUUAUAGUGAUUAAUAGAUCCAGCUAUAAUAAUUCCAACGCCGGAAGGAGUAGUGGAAAAAGGAAGUGCAAUACAGCAGUAAGAGUUACCCAGAGAAGAAGAAAAAGAAGAAGCGAAAAUGCCUGUCAGAAGAGGACACGUCGCUCCCAAGACGACCCUUAUAGAAACGAUAAUCAGGAAAUUUGAUACGCAUAACCGUAGCUUUCUGGUGGCCAAUGCGCAGCCGGAAUCGUGCCACAUCAUCUUCUGCUCGGAUGGCUUCUGCAAGAUGACCGGUUUCACGCGGGCCGAGGUUAUGCAGCGGUCCGCGUGUACCGAAUUCCUGCAGGGUCAGAUGACCUCCCAGGCGGUGGUGCAGUCGAUCAAGGAAGCCCUGCGGAAGGGCGAGGAGAAACACUUCGAGAUACUGUACUACCGGAAGAAUGGUUCAAAAUUCCUCUGCUCGGAGGUGAUCGCCCCGAUCCGGUCCGAGGUGGACGACAUCUCGCUGUUCAUCAUCAACUUCGAGGACCUAACGAACCCGACCAGUCCGGAGCCCAUCGAGCCGAAGUCUCACCAUCGCAGUUUUCUUUCAGUGGACCGGGCCAGGGCAAGCUUUCGACAAUCGUUCCGCAUCGGACACAUUGCCCUGCGCGAUCGCGGUCUCCGGUUGGCCGGUUACCUCACGCCCCCGUCCGAUGCCACCCAGGAGGAGGAGGAGAUCGGCAUCAAUAAGAGUGCGAUCGAGAGGUAUAAUUUUAUGGGGUUUUGCAGUGACAGGGUUAGCCAAACGACGGUGCUCAAGGUGGAGACGAACAUCUGGGCGCCGAUGUCGACGCCCGCCCUGACGCGGACCAAGGAGCUGGAGGCACUGCAGGCCGAUGUCGAUACGCUCAGUGGACCAGGAGAAAUUGUGAUAACUACCCCGGAGGUGGCCAAAGCGGAAGUGAUCCCAAUCGAGCUUCCGACGCCAAUCGUCGAUUCCAAACCAGAGUUUCAGCAAACCAAAAGUUUAGACUUUGAGAUACAAUCAAAACAUCCCGAACACACUAAACUAAUGCAGUCUUAUGAAAGUACGUACGCAAAAAAUUGUCGAGGGUUGAUAGAAAAGCGUGCUCAUACGAUAGACGAUUUUAUGCGAGAGUUCGGCGGAACGCCAACAGCAGUGUGUGCGUGUGCGAAAGCUCGCUUUGCUGCCCGACGAGCUUUCUGCCUGGCUACUACCACUACCUAUCUGCAUACUUCCCUUGUACAGACAAGUUUGUACGAUUGUUUGCGAUCAGUAGAAAAUGUCAAGACCCCUCCCGGUGGUGAUGGUCAUGAUCAUCAUCGCGAUGGUCGCGAAAACCCCACGCCGCCGCAAGGACCCACGGGAUACCACGCGCGACAGUAUUUUCCGUACGUUUCGUCCGAGAGCGACCUCCAACGCUACAAAGCAGUACCAUUAAAGCAGAACUCGAGCCACGAGCCGCGAACCAGUUCAUCACUUUCUAAUGUGCCUUCAGACUCUACUAAAACUAAGGAUAAUGGAUCAGCGAAAUACUUUCAGGGAACAAGACAAACAAUAAAUAUGGGUGAAAAAGUAGCACAGGUCCUAUCGCUCGGCGCCGAUGUACUACCGGAAUACAAACUACAGAGUCCACGUGUUCACAAAUGGACAAUACUGCACUACUCUCCGUUCAAGGCGGUGUGGGACUGGAUAAUAUUAAUAUUAGUUAUGUAUACAGCAAUAUUUACCCCGUACGUAGCAGCAUUUUUGCUGAACGAACCUGACUUUAAUCAAAGGAAAAAUCGCAAAUAUGCUGAUGACCCAAUUGUGAUAAUUGAUUUAAUAGUUGAUGUAACAUUUGUCAUAGAUAUAUUAAUUAAUUUCCGGACGACGUUCGUCAACGGUCAGGAUGAGGUGGUAUCCCAUCCGGGCCGCAUCGCGGUGCAUUAUCUGAGCGGUUGGUUUCUGAUCGAUUUGGUCGCGGCCAUCCCGUUCGACCUCUUGCUGGUCGGCAGUGAUACAGACGAGCUUGGCUUGGACAAAGAUGAGACAACGACUCUGAUUGGUUUAUUGAAAACGGCACGUCUAUUGCGUCUAGUGCGAGUGGCAAGAAAGAUCGAUCGCUAUUCGGAAUAUGGCGCUGCUGUUUUAGUAUUACUGAUGGCUACCUUUGCACUAAUCGCUCACUGGCUGGCUUGUAUUUGGUACGCGAUAGGCAACGCCGAACGGCCGUUCAUGAAGAACAAAGUAGGCUGGCUGGACGCGUUGGCCGAGGCCACCCAGGAGUAUUACUACGCCAACAACACCGGUGGAGGUCCGUCGAUAAAGUCACGAUACGUGACGGCGCUGUACUUCACCUUUACCUCGCUGACGUCGGUGGGUUUCGGGAACGUGGCUCCCAAUACGGACGCCGAGAAGAUUUUCACGAUAUGCGUCAUGUUGGUUGGAUCCCUCAUGUACGCCAGCAUCUUCGGUAACGUUUCUGCCAUCAUCCAACGGUUAUACUCCGGCACGGCACGAUAUCACACACAGAUGUUGCGUGUCCGCGAGUUCAUUCGGUUUCAUCAGAUUCCCAACCCACUGAGGCAACGGCUGGAGGAGUACUUUCAGCACGCGUGGACCUACACCAACGGCAUCGAUAUGAACUCGGUGCUGAAAGGGUUUCCCGAGUGCCUGCAGGCCGACAUCUGCUUGCAUCUCAACCGGAACCUGCUCAACAAUUGCUCUGCCUUCGAAGCGGCCAGCCCCGGCUGUCUGAGAGCACUAUCGUUAAAGUUUAAAACCACACACGCCCCUCCCGGCGACACCCUGGUGCACAAGGGAGACGUCCUCACGUACCUAUACUUUAUAGCACGUGGCUCGAUAGAGAUACUGAAAGACGACGUAGUCAUGGCGAUAUUAGGCAAGGAUGAUAUUUUCGGCGAAAAUCCCUGCAUCCACACGACGCUGGGAAAAUCAAACAGUAACGUUAAAGCACUAACUUAUUGUGAUCUACAUAAGAUUCAUAGAGAUGACUUAUUAGACGUGUUAGAUUUAUUUCCGGAAUUUUAUGAUAGUUUUGUAAAUAGUUUGGAAAUUACGUAUAAUAUGAGAGAUGAGGAGCAAGCGGGAAUAGAGUUAAGGCAUCGACAUAUGCGACUCGGGUCACAGGAUAGAGAUAGCGAUACACGAUCCUAUGUUAGGAGGAUAAACACGGUGCAUCAUCAUAGACCGAGUCAGACCAAAUGUGAUAUUCCAAAUGAUAGAAGUUCGGGACAAAUAAGCACUAACUUCGAUGACGAUCGAAAGUUUUCUAUAUCAGGAAUGAUGUCUCAUAUAAAGAGAAGCAUACCAGAUCUUAGAUCGAACAGACAUCAACCAUUGACCAGUACUUGUGCAUCACCAAACGAGAGCCCCAAGAGCUCGCACAAGCACAGUCCGCCCAGUGAUCACCAGUCGCCGAAGGGGAUUGCACCGGAUACCGUGACGCUCAGUGCCAUCAGCCAGAGGGGGUGCAUCUGCGUCGGCAGCGGCAAAGGGGAGGGACCCCUGGUGGGUCGACCCACCAGUAGCGGGGGGCCUGUGGAUCUCAAGUGCAGCCCGGACGUCGAGGAUGUGUUCCACCAUACCGCACCAAUCAGCAGCACCACCGGCGGCAGGGACGCCAGUGACCACCACAUUCACCAUCACCAUCAAGCGCAGCAACCGCAACAGCAGCCGCAUCAGCAGCAGCAGCAGCAACAUCACCAGCUGCACCAUGAUAAUCUAGGAUCACUAACAAAUCAAUUAUCUGAUUUAACGAUAAGACUAGACAACUUAGAAGGUAGCCUAAGGAAAGAUAUCAGAACGAUUUUAGACAUCCUGCACCAGCAGCAGCAGAUGCAGCUGCAGUUUCACCACCAACAGCUGCACCACCAGCAGCAACAGAUGCAGCAGUCCGGCAAGACUGCGAUGUCAUCGUACCAACCGUCCGAGAGUGAUUUCUCCUUCGACAUGUGCACCGCCGCCGGGGACGCCACCAGCGGCGGCGGCGGUGGCGGUAUGGCGAAGCACGGAGGAGGCCCAUCGGCCCAGCAGCGGACCAACGUGCAGCGGUCCGUCUCGCAGCCCGAAUGUGCCGCCGAGAAAAGCCUUUUCAAGUGCUCAAAGUUUUCCUCAUUUAAUCAACCAAUGGACGACACUCCAGAGGGUCACAAUUGGAACAUUUUCGCUCCAAUCGCCAAGCUCGAAUCCUUGGAUGAAAUUGAUCAGGAUAGUAAACAUUCCCUCAGUCAGGACAAGCCUCAAUAACGCAUGCUUCGGGAUGGACGCGAGUAAAUCGAGUUAGCCGAGCCGCCGCGGAGAUAGUCUAGCUAAACCAAAAAAAACCUACAAACACACAAUCACGUACUUUAGCUUCUCCUCUAGCCGAAAAAAAUCGAACAAAAACACUCCGAUAAUAUUUAAUGUACAUAUUGCUUGAAAAUUAUUUCAGAUGUUCAUCUUUGAUUAUAUCGAUCGAUUCCGAAAAAAAAACAGAAAAGCAAAACAUUUUUUCAUAUAAAUACUGAGCAUAAUUUAUAUGAAAAGGUAUCAUCAGCAGAUUUUUACGGUGAGCAACGCGAGAAAAGCAAAUAUUAACAAAAAACGAAAACAAAAAUCAACCAAAAAAAGUGCAACAACCACAAACAAACAAAACACGCAUAGAUGAAACGCAGUGAUGAGCUCCAAGGUGCGAGUGACAAAACGAACGAAACCAAAAUGCAAGCGAAAUGGAAUGCUCCAUUUUUAGUUGUUAUCCAAUCGUUAUAAGAAUCGAUGCUGAGAGUAAAAUAAAUGCAUUAAGCAAACAAGAAUCUCACCAACGUUUAGGAAUUAUUACAAUUUAGUACAUUCAAUUCGAAGAUGAUUUCGUCAUUUUCUUAGAUGCAAUUCUCCACGCCAAUUCUUCUUCAUAGGUGGCAUUUUGUUAUAGUAACAAAAGUAAUUACUCAAAAUGAGCUACAAUUCUUAAAAAGGACAAAAAAAAUCUGUAAGCGAUAAGUUAGUCAAAAAUUUGUUUUAGCAGUUGAGCAGUAUCAUUACCAUUAAUUUUUCCAAAGGAGUUAAUUCAAGGGAAAAGACAUUAGUGAAUGAAAACUAAAAUUCUAGAAAGGUUAUGAUAAAGUGAUAAAAAGCGGAAAAUGACAAAAAUGCAAAACCACAAAUACAAAACACAAAGAAGUCAGGUGAAGGAUGGUGUGCGCUUCCUAGAAGUGAUCGCACUCUUGUUAAAAUGGUUAAGUUACAAUUGAUGAACUCUCUCACAUACACACACACACAUCAACACACUCACAACACCAACGACAAAUAAAUUCAAGCUCACUCGAUACGAAAGGCAAUACACUCUCACACAUAUACACAAAUACCAGCGUUAUUUCUAUGGUUGGACAAGGACGAGUUUGCUUCGUCCUUGCCGAUGAAAGACUACACAUGUUUUUCCCCAAUCGAAAGCGAAAGUUGUUUUUGCGUUUUUACAUUAAUCCAAAAUAAAUCGAAUCUGUUGACUAUUUACGAUUUGCGUGAACCGCGCGAGAAAAUGCUGGAAAUUUUAAGCUUGAAGCGAACCGAGAAGAGUAAGGCUUACAUUUACACAUUCCACAAACAAACACAGCAAAAAAACGAACUCAACACACAGACACAGCAGUUUCAACAGCAACAACACACAAUAAACCGAGUUAAAAGCAUUGAAAGAACUGAGGACAACAAGAAUUAAAAACUUUAUAGAAAACGUACGGAAAUAUACUUUACGAAAAAAGAA